UUUCGGUAUAUUUCUGAGAGUCAGGUCACACUGUUGAAUACACGUGCGGAUUGUUUUUGGUUUGGUUUUAUUUAAUGGUUACAUUUUGCUAAUUUCCAACUAAAAACAUGCCGGCAGCAGUGGCUACAGGUGUGCAGAUAAACGGGCCAUUGAAGAACAAGAAAAUUGUAUUUGACGAUGCAGGAGAGGCCGUGGCCAAGCCAAACAAACAGAAACCAAAAAAGCAGCAACAGACACAGCGCAAUGGCCAGGAGCAGGUGAAGAAACCCCAAAGAAUUAAGUUUGGCGAUGACGGCAGAGUCGAGGAGCAGAAACCUUGGCAGAAAAACCACCAAAAGGAGCACGGUCAUGGCUUCCAAGGGGGUAAGAAACCUCAGAAGAUAAAAUUUGGCGAUGACGGCGAAGUCGAGGAUGAGCAGCAGCCGUGGAAGAAGAACCACCAACAGGAGAACGGGCAUGCCUCCGAAAAGGCAAAGAAGCCACAGAAAAUAAAGUUUGGCGAUGACGGCGAAGCGGCUGAUGGGACCAAGAAGCCGCAGCGUAUAAAGUUUGAUGAAGAUGGAGCUGAGAGGGAUGCCUCUGACUCCGAUGAAGACAGUGAGGACGAGCUAGAGCAGAAGGCCAGUUUCCAGAAGCGCAGCAAACACCAGUCGCAGGCUGACGAGGAGGAGGAGUCUCAGAAGAAGUGGUACCAAGUGCAUCCGGACUACCCCAGCAGCGAGGAGGUGCUGGACAUGAAGGACAACGAGCAGCUGGAGUUGUUCAAUCUCUGCAAGAAUGCCUUCGAGGCGGAUAAGACGACGUUUAACAGACGCAAUCCCUCGGAUGUCCGCUGGCUGCAAACGGCCCUCCACAAGGGCACAGCCAAGGAUCGAGCCAAUUCCGGCGCCCUGCUGGUGACUAGCAAUCCCCUGGGCAACCUGGAAGCCUUGUCCGCGCUUAUUGGCUUCUGCAAGAUAUCCAACAAGGCCAGCAACGAUGUGAUCGCUGUGCUCACGGACCUGUGGCAGGAGGUGCUCCUGCCGCCCAACAGGAAGCUGCUCUCGAUACACACACGCGGAGCAGACUGGAAGAAGCUGCGGAAGGACGACACGCUGCGCGAGCAGCAGCAGCGGCGCAUCUAUUCGUAUUGGUACUUUGAGAACGAGCUGAAGGACCAGUACCACGAGUUCCUGAAGAAUGUGAUGCAGGGUCUGCAGACGGGACAGGAGCACAACAAGAAUGCUUCCAUUGUGGCCGCGGCAAGACUCCUUGCGUACGCUCCAGAGAAGGAACAAAUGCUGCUAACCAUGCUGGUGAACAAGCUGGGCGAUCCCAUUGCCAAGAUAGCCUCCAAGGCGCUGCACCACCUGAGCGAUGUGGCCCAACGGCACCCCAACAUGUGUGGCGUCAUUGUGGCCGAGGCGGAGAAGCUACUUUUCCGCAACAAUAUCUCGGAGCGGGCCCAGCACUUUGCCCUCUGCUUCCUGUCCAGCAUCGCGCCAUCCGGACGGCCGGAGGUGUGCACCAAGUUGGUAAACAUUUGCUUUGCCCUGUUCAAGGUUCUCGUGCAGAAGGGAGCCGUCAACAACCGCACCAUGCAGGCUAUUUUGAGGUGCCUGCAAAAGGCCAUUGCGGAGGCCCAGCCGGCAAAGGGCAGCAAUGGGGAGCUGCUGAACAAAGAGAUGCAGGACACCAUCUACCGGCUCGUCCACUUGGCCGACAUACGCGUCUCAGUGCAGACCCUUGGCCUCCUGCUGCAGCUGGUCACAGUGAAAACGGAGAAAUCGGAUCGAUUCUACAAUGCCCUGUACGUGAAGCUGCUGGACCUGAACCUCAUCAAUGUGGGCGGCAAGACAGCGGCACAGCUCCUUCACAUUGUUCACCGUGCCAUCCACAUCGACAGCCAUGUGGCCAGGGCCCAGGCCUUUGUGAAGCGUCUCCUGCAGCUGACACUCUACGCACCGCCCCAAAUUGCCGCCGGCUGUCUGAUUGUUCUGCACAAGCUGCUGCGCAUGCGGCAAGAGCUCAUCGGAGGCAUUGGAGCCACCGAUGAAGUGAGUUCCUUAAGGACCGUCGUGCCAGAGGACGGAGACUUGGACAGGUUUGGCAGCGAUGCCGAAGACGAGGUCAAGGAAGAGGCGGACGAGCUGGCAACACCACCAGUGGUAAAGACAGAAGCUGCCAAGUCGAAGGUGGUCAAUAUCGAUUCCUGCAAAUACGAUCCGUAUCAUCGUGUGCCCGCCUUUGCCGGAGCAGCCUACACCUUGCGUCAUGAGCUGCUGCUGCUGCGCCAGCACUACCAUCCCACGGUGCAGGUCUUUGCCGAACAGAUACUCGAACAGAAACGAAUCGAUUACUAUGGUGAUCCCUUGCGAGAUUUUGGACUGCCGCAUUUCCUAGAGCGUUUCGCCUUCAAGAAUCCCAAGAAGCUGGAGGCGUCGCAGGCGGAGACCGCCGCUGUGGCUCACAAGCGCUAUAUGGCGCAAGGAGGUCGCGGCAAGCCAGUCAAGUCGCUGACUAAGGCCAACUGUACGGAGGACGAGAUGUUCAUUCUCAACUUCUUGGAGCACAAGCGCAGGCAGGCGGAGAUUGUGGCCCAGAACAAGAAGCAGAGGGAGGUGAAGAAGGAUGAGGACGCUGAUGGAGAGCAGGGCGAGGAGUACCUGAAGGAGGGCGAGGUGGAUGACGAUGAGUUUGAGGCGUAUCUGGAUGGGUAUUUUGGCAAGAAGUUCAAAGAGGGCGCCGAUGCCGAGGAGGAUGAGAAUGAACUGAACUUCCUUGAGGAGCUUGGCGGCGAGUUACAGUCGGAGAAGUCCAAAAAGAAGGACAAGAAGGGGAAGCAGGGCGCUGACAAGCAAGAAGAGGACAUGGAUGAGAUCGACGACGACUGGGGCGAUGAUAAUCUGGCAGAAGAUAAUGAAGAUGAUGAAAUGACGGGCGCUGGCGGAGAUCAGUCCGACGAUGAGACCGGCUCAAUUGACUUGCAGCCCCUAGACGAUGACGACGACGACGACGAUGAGGGUUCCAUUUCGGAAGGCGACCAAGCCUCCGAUGCAGAGGACGACAGCGAUUCCAGCGAUGCUCCUGAGAGCCCAGACGAUUAUGAUGGCGAGGAUUCGCCGCCCAAGUCGAAGAAAUCCCGCAAGGAGGAAGUCAAUAUGGUGGAUGGACGCAGCUUUGCCAAGACCCUCAAACAGAGCCACGAUAUGUCCUCGCUGUUUGCCGCUGCGGAUGAGUUCUCCUCCCUGAUGGAGGAAACGGCCAAGGUUAAGGGACAGGGCACCAGCAACGCCGUCUACAACAAGGACAAAUCCUCCGACAAGCAAAUUAAAUGGGAGGAGAAACGCCGCUCCAAUACGAAAACCUACACAGGCAAAAGGUUUUCCGGCAAACCAGCGGCCAAAGGUGGAAAGCCACAGAAACCAGGCAAGAAGCGGAAGCAUUAACAGCUGCAUAUAGCCCAGCCCCGAGAAUAUUGCAAAACCUACCAACAGCAGCAAUAAAUAAAUUCAUUUUGUAUAAGUUAAA